GUGUCCCCGGUGCUGGCGGGCUUCCUGGGCGCCGGGGUUCUGGUGGUCUCGGUCACGGUGGCCGUCUUCCUCUGGACCUGCUGUCAGCGUCGCUACCGACAGCUGACGGGGAGCUACAAGCUCCAGUCGGGACCCUGCGACCCGGCCGUGGACCCGCCCUACAAGUUCAUCCACAUGCUCAAGGGAAUCAGCAUCUACCCGGAGACACUCAGUAACAAGAAGAUCGUCCGCGUGGGUCGACGCCCGGGCUCCUCGCGAAAUGGCGGCGGAUCUGGCGUUGAGUGGGGUCGUAAUGGCGAGCGAGGAAGAGGUGGAGGGGGAGGAAGGGUGAUGCUGGUGGAUGCUGACCCAGAAACGGGCCUGCUCAAUGGCUCCACCCACCUGCAGAUGAGCCACCUGCUGCCCCCUGCCGGACAGCCCAGGCUAGAGCGGGCGCUGCCCAUCCGUGCCGACUACUGCUGCCUGGAGAGCAGCUCCGGGGGUAACAGCAGUAGCAGUAGCUGUGAUGCCAGCAAGACAGCCUCACCCUUUACCCCGUGUCAGGGGGAGGGCACCACCACGCCGCCCGCCGCCCUAGGCACCCUCAGCCUGUCCGUGGACUACAACUUCCCCAAGAAGGCGCUGGUGGUGACCAUUGUUGGCGCCCAGGGUCUUCCCGUUAUGGACGAGCAGUCGGGUAGCUCGGACCCCUACAUGAAGAUGACCAUACUACCAGAAAAGAAGCAUCGGGUCAAGGUGAGACUUGUUCCUCUGGAGGUUUCUUCCUACCUACAGGGUUGAUCCUUUCCACUGUUUUCUCUGAUUUGCUUUGUUGAGGGUUUAGGUAUUUGGGAUUGCGGUCCCAAUUAGGCUAAUACUGUUAUUAUUGAAUUAUUUGAAUUAUCAUGAUUACAGAAUAAGAUAAAAAUAAAAAUUGUGCAAACAUGAUUGGGGCCCUGGGCAAGAAAAGUUUGAAGACCCCUGCAUUAUCCCUCAAAUGUUUAUUGUAAAAGAGUUACUGGAAGUGUUUAAGUGUUACUGUGAGUGUAACUGUUUAAGUGCUACUGUCACAAUAGCAACCAGACUGAAAUAUGACCAAUUGCUCUGCAGACCCGCGUUCUGAGGAAGACCCUGGAGCCAGUGUUUGACGAGACGUUUACGUUCUACGGUGUGGCCUACAGUGCACUACCUGACCUCACACUGCACUUCCUGGUGCUCAGCUUCGACCGCUUCGCCCGUGAUGAUGUCAUCGGGGAGGUGGCAGUGCCUCUGGCCGGUGUGGACACCAGCACGGGACGAGUCCACAUCACCCAACAGAUCAGCAAGAGACACAUCCAGGUGAGGGAUGGGGAUGGAAGAAGGGAAAGGGAGGGAGGGAGGGAGGAGAGAAGGAAUUACUUGUAUUUAUUACCUUUAUUUAAAUAGGUUAUUAAGAACAUUCUCUUUUACAACAAUGACCUGACAAAAGACACAUCCUGGUUAGAGAAUGGGAAUUAGGAAUGGAGAGAAGGAGAAGGAGGGAGAGAGAGGAGAAACCGGAUGAAAGUGAGAAAGGAAUGUUUUUAUUGAGAGGAAUAAAGGUGAGGAAUCGAGGGAUGGAGGAUAGAUGAUGAAAACUACUCUAGAAUGAGGGACAGAUGAAAAGGGGAAGGAGGACGAACGGGAGGGAGGGAAUGGGGUGUGGUAAAAGAGAGCAAUUCAUAGAGAGAUGAGUAGACAGAAUUUGAGGAUAGAGGGAGGAGUUGGAAUGGUAAGGAGGGAGAGAAGGAAGGAAGGAGAGAGAGGAGGAGGUUAGGAUGGAGAAGUGGAGCAGUUAAGGGGCUUUUAUGGCCAGCAACACUAGAGAUGAAGAGGGGGAGGGGAUAAUGAGAGAGAGGGGGAAGAAAGAGAGAAAGAAGAGAGGGAGAGCAACAAUCAUCAUAAUUGUCUUGGCAGAAGGGCGAUACAUUUGCAAAAUAAAUGUACAGAUUUCAAUAUGAAUGAUGAAAUGGUAUAAACAACCAAUCUCUCUCUCAUUUAAUCAUUUUCAUACACGGAUGCACUCACAAACGUUCCACACACACACAUGCAGCUGCAAUGUGUGUGUGUGUGUGUGUGUGUGUGUGUGUGUGUUGAUUGGAGGCCCAUUAGACCCAUAAAAGCUGAGAGAGGCUGGUCUUAUCUCUGACUGUAGGAAGACAUCCAUUAGAGUCAGCAACGGAAACAAAAGCCUCAUCCCCACAUCAUUACACAUUAUCCAUAUAUGACAGAGAGAGGAGGGGGAGGGAGGGGUGUGGGAGAGCAGAAAGACAGAGAAGAGAGGGAGGGCAAUGGAGAGAGAGAAGAGAGGGUGAUGGAGAGAGAGAAGAGAGGGUGAUGGAGAGAGAGAGGGAGGGUGAUGGAGAGAGAGAAGAGAGGGUGAUGGAGAGAGAGAAGAGAGGGUGAUGGAGAGAGAGAGGGAGGGUGAUGGAGAGAGAGAAGAGAGGGUGAUGGAGAGAGAGAGGGAGGGUGAUGGAGAGAGAGAAGAGAGGGUGAUGGAGAGAGAGAGGGAGGGUAAUGGAGAGAGAAAGAGAAAUAGAGGGGGGAGGCUACUCCCAUUGACAAGAAAGAGCCCCACCCAUAGCACAGAGAGGGAGAGACAUGGAGAGAGAGACCUCCGCCCAACACAAUCUGCACUGAGAAAAAGAUUACAAAGAUACAGAGAAACCAGCACUGAAUGCAUACUACACACAGCCAUUAGGCAGAGAGAGAGAUUAAAACAUAAGAACGCAUUCAGUACACACAACCACUGUCUCUUUUCCACUCUUCAAAGACAGCAGACACAUGUGUAAACACAUUACAUGCAUAAGUAUCAUUCCCAGUGCCACUGUAAGCCUGUCAAGCGAGGCAGUACAGAUAUGUAUACACACAUGCAUAAUAUCUUCUUCCAUAUACACAUACACCCACUCCAACAUUCUCAAUUUCGUCACACUAUUUCACACCCCUCUCCCUCCUAUGGAGAUUUAUAAGUACAUACUUCCACCAUCUCCUCUCUUGCUUUCUCUCACUCUCUCUCCUCCUUAUCUCUUUACUCCCUCAUUCAGAAGAGGGCCUUAAAUUGAAUUCCCUCCCAUUUUACUGUAGCCUGAAGGGGUUUAGAGAUGAGGGAAUCGAUCUUCCAGUAGAGAGAGAGAAGGAACAGGAACAAGGAGAGGGAGAGAGAGAUUAGUUUCAGUAAAUGAAAAAGAAAGACAUAGGUAUCUGCUGAUGAAGUGGAGAAAGAGAGCGAUGGCACUGAACAGAUGAAGAGGGAAAAAAGAAUAAGAGUACGAGAGAGAGAGAUGGAUGAUACAGUAGGAGGGGACGAAUGAGAGCAAGAAGGGCGCUAUUGGCCGGAGAGAGAGCGAGAUGGAUGAAACAGUAGGAGGGGACGAAUGAGAGCGAGAAGGGCGCUAUUGGCCGGAGGGAGAGAGAGAUGGCAAUGCGAUAAAAAUGAGUGUGGCUGGACCAUAAGUCCAGAGGAGACGUCCAUUAAACUUUUAUCGUGGGGGAACUUAAGUGGAGGGGGAAGCUUAAAUUAUUGAAGUGGCGGGCAGUAAAGACGUCACACUCAUUACGACAGCGGUAGCUCACACACUUAGCGGUUGUUCAAAAAAGCUAUUACCCGUUUAGAACAUAAAAAGGUAUAUUUUGAGUACUGCCAUUGUGAUUCUCUACCAUUCUACAGUGCUGAAACGCUUCAAAACUACCGUUCAGCACAAGCCGUCCAAAUGUCACAUUGGUUUUGUCACGCCCUGACUCUGGGGACUCUUAUUUGUUGAGUCAGGGUGUGAUUUUCUAUGUGGUGUAGAUCUAUGUUUAUAGUCUAGUAUGUCUAGAUCUAUGUUGGCCGGUGUGGUUCCCAAUCAGAGGCAGCUGUCGCUCGUUGUCUCUGAUUGGGGCCCAUACUUAGGCAGCCUAUUGGCACUAGUGGGUUGUGGGAUCUUGUUCCGUGUGAGGUAUGUUGUUUGUGUACCGUGGACUUCACGUUUCGUUUCGUUUGUUGUUUUGUCGGUUGUUUAGUCAUUUAAACAAACAUGUAUGCAUAUCACGCUGCGCCUUGGUCUGACCCGUCUGUAAACGAACGUGACAGAAGAUCCCACCAAACAAGGACCAAGCAGCGUGCCCAGAAGGAGCAAACGCCGGGGAUUCAACGGGAGGUAACUUUAGUAGAUGUCCUCCUCGGUUGGGGGAGAAUUACUGAGGAGGAGGCCGUCCGUUAUCGGGAGGCGAUGAAGGUUGAUGCCCAGGUAGGAGAGGAGAGACGGCGCCAACCGUGCCGACGACGGAGACCCGAGAGGCAGCCCCAAUAAUUUUUUUUUUGGGGGGGGGCACACGGGGUGGAUGACGAGGCAGUGGAAGGGCGAAUCUGCAGGUUAGGAGAGGAGGCCACCAUGUUACGGGGGCUAUUGGUUCAGAGGGAGCAGGAGUUAUUCGGUCAGAGGGAGGCGCUACAGGAGGCUAAAAGGGAGAAGGAAAGUGUAGAGGCACGGCGAGAGGAGCUGGUUAGGCAGCAGAAGGAGCGGGGGUUAAUAAAGGAACCCAGUCCCGCUCCUCGCACCAAGCAAGUGGUGCGUGUUGCCAGUCCGGUCCGGCCCGUCCCUGCUCCCCGCAAUAAGCCAGUGGUACGUGUUCCCAGUACGGCCCGACCCGUUCCUGCUCCUCGCACCAAGCCAGUGGUGCGUGUUGCCAGUCCGGCCUGUUCCUGCCCCUCGCACCAAGCCAAUGGUGCGUGUCGCCAGUCCGGCCCGGCCCGUUCCUGCUCCUCGCACCAAGCCAGUGGUGCACGUCGCCAGCCCAGCCCGGCCUGUACCUGCUCCCCGCACCAAGCCAGUGGUGCGCGUCGCCAGCCCGGCCCGGCCUGUUCCUGCUCCCCGCACCAAGCCAGUGGUGCGUGUUCCCAGUACGGCCCGGCCCGUUCCUGCCCCUCGCACCAAGCCAGUGGUGCGCGCCGCCAGCCCGGCCCGGCCCGUUCCUGCUCCUCGCACCAAGCCAGUGGUGCGCGCCGCCAGCCCGGCCCGGCCCGUUCCAUGCUCCUCGCAACAAGCCAGUGGUGCGCGUCGCCAGCCCGGCCCGGCCUGUACCUGCUCCCCGCACCAAGCCAGUGGUGCGCGUCGCCAGCCCGGUCCGGCCUGUUCCUGCUCCUCGCACCAAGCCAGUGGUGCGUGUGUCCAGUCCGGCACGGCCCGUGCCUGUUCCACCGGUGCCUGGUCCGGCACCGGUCAGCUGCUCCACUCCGGAGCCAGAGCAGUCCGCUCCACCGGUGCCUGAUCCAGCUCCGGUCAGCUGCUCCACUCCGGAGCCAGAGCAGUCCGCUCCACCGGUGCCUGAUCCAGCGCCGGUCAGCUGCUCCACUCCGGAGCCAGAGCAGUCCGCUCCACCGGUGCCUGAUCCAGCUCCGGUCAGCGGCUCCACUCCGGAGCCAGAGCAGUUCGCUCCACCGUCGUCGGGUCCAGCUCCAGUCAGCGGUUCCAGUCCAGACCCAGACGUCAGCCCCUCUCCAGGUUCGGGGUCUCCCACACCAGGGUCCAGACAGGGCUUGGUACUUUGUGGAAGGAAGGAGAGGGGAAGCAGCGCGCCGAGGUCCAGACCAGACCAGGGGCGCAACAGGGAGGCGGAGAGUAAGAGGUUGUCACGCCCGGAGCCGGAUCCGCCUCCGAGGCGGAAUGCCCACCCGGCCCCUACCCUGUUAAGUAAAGGUUGUGCGGUCGGAGUCCGCACCUUUGGGGGGGGGGGGGGUACUGUCACGCCCUGACUCUGCGGACUCUUAUUUGUUGAGUCAGGGUGUGAUUUUCUAUGUGGUGUAGAUCUAUGUUUAUAGUCUAGUAUGUCUAGAUCUAUGUUGGCCGAUGUGGUUCCCAAUCAGAGGCAGCUGUCGCUCGUUGUCUCUGAUUGGGGCCCAUACUUAGGCAGCCUAUUGGCACUAGUGGGUUGUGGGAUCUUGUUCCGUGUGAGGUAUGUUGUUUGUGUACCGUGGACUUCACGUUUCGUUUCGUUUGUUGUUUUGUCGCUUGUUUAUUCGUUCCAAAUAAACAUGUAUGCAUAUCACGCUGCGCCUUGGUCUGACCCAUCUGUAAACGAACGUGACAGGUUUAUAUGGCGGCAUUAGCUCCUAGCGCUGUUAUGACUUUUCUCUCAGCUCAUCUUGACUAAUGAUGCCAUAGGAGACUGUGGUAAAUGGGAUAGGCCUCCUGUAAUGUCUCUGUCUUUAAGACUUAAAGAAAUAAACCAAGCGCAAACUGAGUCUAUGGUGUGUUCAUUCAUAUACUAAAAAGGUACUUGAAAGGAUGAGAACUGUACCAUUUACUUGUACUUUAAAGAAAAUAUUUUAAAAAUAUUAAAAUGUCAGGGAACUAAGCAACGCUAAAAAUGGUGGGUCAUUUCUGCAUUUCGCACUGCAGUGAGUCUAUGGCAUGUUAAUUUAUAUACUCAAAAGGUGCUUUUAAGUAUGAAAUGCACCAUUUACUACAGCAGUACUUUAGAAUAUAGUCAAAAGGAUUACAGUGUUAGGGAACUGAACUAUUGUACACUACAAAUGGUUGUGUACAGACUUCAGUGGUUUCAGACUAUUUGUCUUUCGUUGAGCAGAGCUCCCCCUCCCCUAGUGGUGAUUCUAAAUGAGAUGUGGCAUUAAGUCCUGCUCACUAAUGAAAAAGCUCCAGAUGCACUGUACUAGAGACAAUUAGGAGGCUAUCUAUUUAUGUCAUACUUUGCAUGCACACGCACGCAUGCCAACACACACGUCCUGGCCUGGGUAAUUCCCUAUUUCUCCUUUCUAAGUUCAAGCUCAGCUUUGGGCCGCCUCCCACAGUGCAUUGCCAUGGUGACACCUAGGUGUAGUAUAAGAAUUCACGCUCUGAGAAGUGAGUGAGAGGCAUGAAAGCAGUGAAAAAGAGAGUCCAAGAGUAAAACAGAGCGAGAUGAACAGAAAGAUGGGGAUAGCCGCAGGUCUCAAUACAGUAGAUUACUUUUACUGAAAUGAUCUAUGGUGUAUGAAUUGUGUGCAUAGUGGAAGUGUAGGUCGGUGGGUUAUGAAGGUAUAAUGACUGCCAUAUUUGUGUGCAAGGCAGGUUUUAUGUGUAUGAGUGUACUUUAUGGGUACUUUGUGUGUACGUGUGUGUGUUCUAACUAUGUGUUCUCCCCACAGUGUGUGUGUAUCUACAUUCUAACCCUGCGUUCUCCCCACAGUGUGUGUGUAUCUACAUUCUAACCCUGCGUUCUCUCUGCAGUGUGUGUGUGUAUCUACAUUCUAACCCUGCGUUCUCUCUGCAGUGUGUGUGUAUCUACAUUCUAACCCUGCGUUCUCUCUGCAGUGUGUGUGUGUAUCUACAUUCUAACCCUGCGUUCUCUCUGCAGUGUGUGUGUAUCUACAUUCUAACCCUGCGUUCUCUCUGCAGUGUGUGUGUAUCUACAUUCUAACCCUGCGUUCUCUCUGCAGUGUGUGUGUAUCUACAUUCUAACCCUGCGUUCUCUCUGCAGUGUGUGUGUGUAUCUACAUUCUAACCCUGUGUUCUCUCUGCAGUGUGUGUGUGUAUCUACAUUCUAACCCUGCGUUCUCUCUGCAGUGUGUGUGGAUCUACAUUCUAACCCUGCGUUCUCUCUGCAGUGUGUGUGGAUCUACAUUCUAACCCUGCGUUCUCUCUGCAGUGUGUGAGCCGUGGGGAACUGCUGGUGUCUCUGUCCUACCAGCCUGUCACUCACAAGCUCAAUGUGGUGGUGCUGAAGGCCAAACGCCUGCCCAGGAUGGACAUCACUUGCCUAUCAGGCAGUAAGUACUACACACAUACACACACACACACACACUCACACACACACACACAUCUCACCCCCUUUCCGCUCUAUCCAUCCCUCACAGACCCAUACGUGAAGGUGAACGUGCUCUACAGCCGCAAGCGCAUCGCCAAGAAUAAGACGCACGUGAAGAAGUGCACACUCAACCCUGUUUUCAACGAGUCAUUCAUCUACGACGUGCCCGCUGAGCUGCUGGCCGACGUCUCUGUGGAGUUCCUGGUGGUCGACUUCGACCGUACCACCAAGAACGAGGUGGUGGGCCACCUGGUGCUGGGUGGCCAGAGCCUCAUGCCCACUGGGGUCACCCACUGGAGAGAGGUUUGCGACAACCCCCGCCGGCAGAUUGCCAAGUGGCACACCCUGGGCGAGUAU